AUGUUUUCUCGCUCGACUGUGACCGUAAUUACUAAUGGAUCUGUUCGCUUUGAAACACAAUUUAUAGAUGUAGAAGAAGAUAGAGAAUUGGAAAGACAACUAAAGAUUUUAAACAAAAAGCCAAUUAAAACUAUUACGACAGAAUAUGGAGAUACAAUAGAUUGCAUAAAUAUUUAUAAGCAAUCAGCGUUUGAUCAUCCACUACUCAAGCAUCAUAAGAUACAGAUGGUUCCGAGCUCAAUUCCAGAAGAAAAAACUAGUAGUAACAACAUAUCAUCAUCUAUUUUUCGACGUCCAGAAAUAGAUACUGGGCUACAAAAUGAACGAUGUCCACCGGGAUCAGUACCUCUCCGCAGAACAACAAAAGAAGAAUUAGUUCAUGCUCGAUAUCUUUUACAGCAGAAGAACAACUCAAUUCAUACAAACCGGUACACUCAGUCGCCUAUGUACUAUCAUUUUGUCUCGGUUGAAGAAGAAAAUAAGGAAGGAAAACCAUAUUUUGGAAGCGUAGCUUGGAUGAGUGUACAUGGUUUUGAAUUAAACCACGACCAAAUCACUACUGCACAAAUUUGGAUACAAAAUGGUCCACCGGAGAAUAUAAAUAGCAUAGAAGUUGGUUGGUUUAUAUAUCCUGAACUCUCUGGUAAUAGCUUCACUCGAACGUUUGGUUAUUGGACGGCUGACGGUUCCAAUCAAACAGGCUGCUUCAAUAUGUUUUGCCCCGGUUUUGUUCAAGUGAGUAACAGGUCUUAUCUUGGUCAACAAAUACUUCCACUGUCAGAAGAAUAUGGAGGAAAAGUUUUUGUAAUGACUUAUAAGGUUUUCCGGGAUCCAAAGACUGGUAACUGGUGGUUUGUCUCUAACGAUGAAGCUAUAGGAUAUUGGCCAAAGGAACUUUUUACACAUUUAGCAGACAACGCUUCAAUUAUGCGAUAUGGGGGGAUAGCUGGGAAUAAACCUCAAGCACCAGCUCCGCCAAUGGGAAAUACCUAUUUACCUCAACUUCAGGACUACUCGAAAACAGCCUUUAUGACGAGACUGCAAUAUGUUGACGAAAAAGGAGAAGCUGUUAAAAUUAACCCAGACAACAUACAAACCAAGCGCAAUACGACAUUGGAUGAGUAUGAUAUUUUGUUCGCUGGUAAUAUAGGAGGAGAAUAUGGUAUAACGAUGGCGUAUGGAGGACCUGGUGCGUAUGUGUCCGGAGAACCGCCAGCCGGAUAAUAUGAGUUUGCCAUUUUGUGGUAGUGGAAAUUAUUGAAUAACCUUGGUGUUCUUUCAAGUGUUCAUUUUUCCGAUUGAUGAACUGUACAAAAACCUUUGGUGGAAGGAUUAAUUAGACCACUAUUUUUUACAUUUUGAUUUGAAUUUGAA